AUGGAGGUUCAAGAAAAAGACGAAGGAAGCCUUGUGAGGUCUUUGAAGGAUCUUUUUGCCGGCGCUGUUGGUGGUAUCGCGCAGGUGUUGAUCGGCCAGCCGUUCGAUAUUGUCAAAGUGCGCCUUCAAACCACCAGUCAAUACUCUAAUGCACUUGAUGCUGCUGCCCAAAUUUACAAAAACGAAGGCGCCCUCGCUUUUUACAAGGGAACAUUGACUCCACUCGUCGGUAUUGGUGCUUGCGUGUCAAUCCAAUUCGGUGCAUUUCACGAAGCUCGUCGCCGCAUUGCCGAGUAUAAUGCCGUGAAGCACCCACAACGCAAGGAACUCACAUACGGCCAGUACUACCUUGCCGGUGCAGCUGCAGGUCUUGCCAAUUCUGUCAUCUCGGGUCCCAUUGAACAUGUGAGGAUCCGUCUUCAGACUCAGCCACAUGGUGAUGCAAGGCUUUAUAAUGGCCCACUGGACUGUAUCAAGAAGCUUGUUGCUACUGGGGGCAUCAGGCACGGGCUUUACAGAGGGGAGAUGGUCACAAUCCUUAGGGAGGCCCAGGCAUACGGUGUUUGGUUUUUGACGUUCGAGUACUUGAUGAAUAUGGAAUCAAGGAAGGUCAGCCGUGAGGACAUCCCGGCGUGGAAGAUUGCACUGUAUGGUGGGCUUGCUGGAGAGGCGCUUUGGCUGUUGGGCGACGACAAAAUCUAUAAGAGCAUGACAGAUUGCUUCAGGAAGGUGUGGCAGAAGGAGGGAAUGAGGGGUUUUUGGAAAGGAUUGGGACCGACUUGCCUAAGAGCUAUGCCGGUGUCUGCAGGGACUUUCUUUGUGGUUGAAAUGACAAUGAGAGCCAUCAAAUAG